GUGGGGGACGUGGAGGCGGCAGGAACCGAGAUGGGUCUGUCAGCGUUCCUCUGCUCUCCGCCUCUCACCACGAGUAGUGUAGACCACAGGACAAGCCACAGAGGAAGGCGAUGGGGAUGGAUGACCGAGACUUCGAGCAGCUGACUGCAAAUGACAAUAGAGAAGUCAGCAGAAUGUCCCGGUGGUGUCAGCAGCCCUUCUCCUCCCGUCUCCUUGGCCUUCUCUUGUGCAUGUGUGUUGCACUUAUCAGCCUGAACAUCAUAAUCACUGUUACCAGCAGAGAUUUCCAUGAGAAGGAGUUGGAGAAACUUCUCGCUUCCCAAAUUUGUGACCCUGAUGGGAGAUCAAACGAUGAGCGACAGUAUGAUCAGGAUGGUAAGGUUCAAGGUGCGGUCUUCCAGAAACAGCUGCCUGGGAUUAGUGAUAAUGACACGUAUGACGGCCCUUGCCCGGACGACUGGCACCAAUUCAAAGACAGCUGCUACUAUUUCUCCAACUUGGCAAAAUCCUGGCAGCAAUCGCAGAACGCGUGUCAGUGGAGGAACGCCAGGCUGGUCGCCAUCAACACCAAGGAGGAGCAGGUUUUUGUAACUCAACUCGCCAUGAGAACAAGAGCGUGGAUUGGGCUGUCUGAAUCAGAUGGAGAGUGGAAAUGGGUUGAUGGGACCCCAUAUUCAUCCUCACCAAAGAACUGGGGGACCAAUCAGCCGGAUGAGUAUUUCGGCCAUGGCCUGGGUGGUGGAGAGGACUGUGCGCAGCUUCACUACAAUGGAGAAUGGAAUGAUGAGCACUGCUCCCGAGCCUACCGUUUCAUCUGCGAGAAGAAGGCAAAAUGACAGCUACACAGAUAUUGUUGACCUUUGCCACAGACCUGUCAAUCAAAUAAUGAUUUACUACUAAAUUCCUUAUUAAUCUGUGUAAUAACGAUGGAUCAUAGCUGUGAAAAUUAAUUAAAAAUUGAAAUCUAA